UCUGCACUUACUGGUUUCACCAGGUUACAAAACACCAAGAUGGCGGAGCUGGACCGGUUCAAGCGGCGGUUCAUACGGGCGGUGGCGCGGCUGAUGCGGCAGGGCGUCCCCGAGCGGGACAUGUGGGAGACGCUGAGCAAGGAGACGGGCAGGGACAGCCAGGAGUUGUGGAACCGGAUGAAAGUGCUCUGCCUGAAGAAGCUCUCCCGUCUGCUGGCAGCCAAUGACAGCGCGGCGCAGGUCGGCAACGUGGCACGAAUGACGCCCACUGAUUGGCUGAUGUUUGACGCUGUGCUGGUGCAUGAGAAGCCCGAUGUUUGUACACCGGACAACAUCAACACGUCGGAGGUGCGCAUCUCGGCGCUGCAGCAGCUGAUCGUGCUGGUGGACCAGUACGACAUCGAGAAGCUGCCUCGCGACGUGCACACGCGCGCCGGCGCCUGGGCCGCGCUCACCACGGAUUAUAACGUCGACGGCCGCGAGUGUUCCCCGAUGCUGCUGCAACUACGCUGGUACCAGCUGAAGCAGACCACGAGGGCCGUCUUCUACCAGUUCUGGUCCAAGUUCAGAGGAAACAAGAGGAACCUCGAACAGGCGCAGCACCUGAUGCCGUCGCAACUGCAGUCGGUUAUUGCUAAGCGCUACCCAACCCUAAUAACAAUGCCAUUCGUGCCGUGGGAGGAGCAGAUACAGCAGCACCUAGUGGUGACGCUCGAGGAGAUGGGCGCCUCCGCCACUGACGGCAAUGACGCUGUGCGCGGCGUGUUCGACUCGGGGCGGUUCCUGCCGCCGGACAGCUACGUGCAUAGGGACGCUAAGAAGAGCAGUGAUGAACCGGACUUGGUACUAGUAGAGCCUAAAAUAGACACGAUAGCUGUUGAUGACUCCGAUAACGAAGAGGCAGACAAAAAUGAACCAGAAUCUACCACUACCAACGACGAUACAACCAAUUUACCAGUGACCAAGGUAAAAGUAGAAAAAGAACCCGUGACUGAUGCUAAUGUUAACAAAGACACUGAGAAAAGCGUAUCUCAAGCUCCAAAAGUGAAGCAAGAACCAGUGGAUGACGAUGUUGAAGAAGUAGUAGACAGUGAAGUAGACGGCUUAUCUAACGUUAAAAUUCUAGAAGCAACGCACGUUCAAACUGAAGAAAUAGACGAUGAUAACCACAAUACAUCAAAUAAAUCAAACGAAGCCGAAAAUGCAGCUAAAGAACUAGAAAAAGUGUACAAUAAUUUAGACAAUUUUAUUGAUAACACACCUGAAGUGGUACUCAGUGAUUUGGAGGAUGACUGUAUACUAACGGGUAUUGAUGAUAACACUUCUGAAAUAAAUGCAAAUUCUGCCGUUGAUAAACCAAACCACGAGGAAUCGAUUCAUACAGAAGAUGCUGAAACAAAUACCAAUAAAUUGCAUUAUUUGACCGAGACUGAUAAUAACGCAGUGCCAAAUCCUGAUAAUGCCCUGAUGGGCAAAUUGACAGAUAAUAUUAUUACAAAACAUUCAAAACAACCAGAAAUAAUUGAAGAUGACAAUUUAGAUGAUCCAAUAAUUAUUGACACCGCUGCAGAUGUAGUUGAUAAGCCUGCUGAAUCAGAACUUAACACAAACAAGUCACCAAUUUUCGAGAUACCAGAUGAUAUUGAAAUAGUUGAUGAUGGAAUAGAUGUUGACGAUUAUGAAGAUGAUAUUUUUCAACCUCAAUCGUGCGAAAUAGACAGCAUUGUCAAACCUGAACCGGAAGAAUCAUCUAGAGCCAGCGAGGAAGGUCAAGAGGAAACUUCAGGAAAAUUCGACCUGAAACUCAUGAUGUUUCCCGUCGUGUAUACCACUAAGUUAGACCACAUGUCUGUAUGCAAAGAUCACGACUUCGAAAGUAUAAAAACUGUUGAGCUAAUCGAUUGCAUUUUAUCAGAAAGCAAACCUAUCAGCACUAAAUCUGUCAUACUUACUCCUAUUGAGACACCAUCAAGAGUUUUAUCGGUUGCUACUGAGGGAAUAGUACCAGCUGUGUCGGACGUCAUUGAAGAGAAUGUACCAGUAUUACCAGUCGCCCCUGAAUGUACAUCACUUUUACCGGUCGCUGGUGAAGAGAAAUCACGAGUCUUACCACUCUCCGCAGAGGAUACAAUAAAUGUACGACCAGAAAUAAAUGAACAAGAGGAUAGCGGUGAAGACAGUGAGAGCGAUUAUGAGACGAUUCCGGAAACCAGCAGCUUGUUCCAAAAGCCUCGCGUCCGUGACUACAAUCCUAUCAAGCUCUGUAAGAAUCCCGACUUCAACACGCGACUAAAGUGGCUGUCUGUAGGAUUCUUCGCUUCUGAACGCAAUCGACGCCUACUCAACGCAUGCCACCCGGUCACUAUUGAUCUUCACUCGGCUUUUGAACCCAAACUCGUCAAUAACACCGUCAGGCUGAAGAAAAAUAACACUACCUCAGUGAAAGUAAGCAAUAAUGACACGUAUACUAAUACAUCUGAAUCAGUUAUUCCUUCCACGAUGCUGGUGCAGUCCCUCGUCGAUAAAACUAAUACAAAUAUUGAAGACCUGAUGCCGACGCCCCAAAGUGUUAAUGAGCGAGAUGUUAUUAAUUUAACGGAUGGUCAUGAUCAUGCUUUAGUGACAGAAAGGAAGAAUAAGGUGAUUAGCUUACCAGAUAUUGUGAAUGUUCGGCGACUUAACCAACAGCUGUUGACAGCUGAAGUAGCACCAAUCCAGUUAGUAAACGACGCAAACACCGUUGAAGAACCUGAUGUUAAGCCGGAUAUCAACGUGCUAGCACAAACCGAAAAACAAGAUACGGGGAACAACAUUGAAAAUGAAGUUGAGGUUAAACCGUCUAUUGAAAACCUUGCUGUAGUACCAUGUGAAGCUUUACCUGAAGCAGCUCAAACCACAAUUGAAGACACUACUGUAAUCUCUAAUGAAACUGUAGUCUCUAAUGAACCUGUAGUCGAAGCAGGUAAAGCGAUAGAAACAAAAUAUGAACCAAAUGUUACACUACAGUCUGCGCAACCACUUCUAACAAUGGAGAUAUCUCCGAUACGGACGCAGGCUCCUCCAGUAACUGUAACUUCAGUGCCGGCGGUGGCUGGCCCAUCUGUAACGUCUUCACAACCCGCAGAAGCAGCGAGAAGAAAUAACAAACCUAAAAAAAAACGGCCUGAGGCCACAAGAGUGCCAUGGUACGCAUCUAAUGCCACACCUAAAGAUACAAACACCGGCGUUGUCGAAAACACAGACAGUCUCAUAGCAAUGGACACUCUGGACCGGAUGCUACACAUAAUAAUGGGCACGCCAGUAGAUAAGGUGUAUGGAACUAUCAAGACAAAAAAUAUAGUAAAAAUGAUUCGCAAAGGUAAAUCAACACUAACAGGAGGUAAUUUAGACGAAUUAGAAUUAAAGUUAGGAUUUAAAUCAACAGAUGAAAAAAGUGGUGAACCCAAGGCCAAGGAACCUGUGAAACCUAAACCAGUUGCGCGAAAAAGAUCAUCAAAGUCCAUAGAAGAGGAUAACACAGAGUUAAGUAAUAUUAAAAAAACUUAUAAAUGUCGGGCCAAAACCAGAAUACAGCCAGCUAAGUCCACGCCGAGUAGAGGAAGACCAAGGAAAGUUUACCUGGAACCAAGAAGUCCUCCGACAUCACAAGUCUCAGACGCUGACCAGCAACAAAACAUGGACGGAAUAAUCGCCGGUAUUACCAUUACGCCUCUGAAUCAGCAUAAUGUCCCUUGUAUGAAUGAAAUAUCAGCUAAUCAACCAGCCAUUGCUGAAGUCGGAAAUAACGUUGAAGUCAGCACACAAACUAUGGAUGCGGAAACUGAUAUUACCAAUGAGAUACCAGAAAACACAGCAAAUAUAAAUAAUACUCCAUACACUUUCGAAAUUGCACCUGCUGUUGGAAUUAACGUUGAAGUUUCAGCCAAAAAACAUUCGGAAACUCUGUUGAACCGUUCCAAUGACUCCAACCAGUAUGUGAUUCUGUCAGAUGACGAAUCAGAAACAUCUUCUAAAUCUUCGCCAACUAAACCUCACGAUCCUUGCAAACUGCCGCUACAACCGAAACCAGCACCACCACCGAAGAAGGGCGUUUGGAAAACUAAUUAUGUCAUUAACAGUAGAAAAGACUUGGCAGAUACGUGCCCCAUAGAUUUGGGACCCGGACAAGUAUUAUUGACUACGGCUAAGAUACCGCCUCACUUGAUGGAUCCUAAAGUUAUACCUCAUCAGUCGACCCCAGAGGUUCCGCCAGUGCCCCCGCCCGCGGCACCGCUGCCGACCGUGGGCCCCGCUACAAACUUACUGGGUCUUACAAAAAUAGAGAUACCCGGAUUAGAGUUGCCUGAAGGAGUCAGCUUGAUGUUAGGUCCAAACGGAGAUCUAUCAGCGGUCUUGUCUGCUGAUGUCGAAUAUGAUGCAAACACUAUAGCUGAAAUGCAAAGCGUGGUCAGUAUCGUGCAACAGCAAAUUAGCAUGUCGCUCAAGCCCCCAGCGGCAGCGGUAACAGACAGUGUUGACCUCACAGACGAACCAACUACUGCCAAAGAUGGAGGUAUUACAACUGAUUCAGCGGAAAACAAAACGGAGAGCAAUGCAUCACUCGCUACAUCACAAGAAAAACAACCAAUUCAUAUUGAUGAAGAUACUGUAGUUGAAGCUCAAUCAGAAAAAGGCGAAUCUAAUUGUAAUGAAAAGUCCCAAGCAAAAACGAACGAUUUAGAGACUACAGAACGUUCCGAGGUUGAAAAUACAGGUGUACAAGAAAGCAGCGAAAAUAAAAGAAAGCAAGAUGUGCCAGAUAGCGCAACCAUUAAUUUGGCAACUGAAGAUAAAGAUAAUAUAGAUACAACACUUGAAAAUAGAUUGGACGAUAAUGCACAAGUAGGCGACAAAGAUAGAGAAAAUGUAGAUACAAAUGUCAGUGAAGAAACAACAAGUAAAUUGGAAACCAAUACGGAAGAAUCUUCGCGCCCUGCCCCUGCAGCUACCAAGAAAUCUAUACUAUCCGACUUGAUGGAAAUGUCUGGGAUAUCCUCUGAAGACAUGGUCCCUGCCGAAGCGCCGGCAGAAGUGGUACAAACGCCUACCAUGGUCCCUGAAACACCAGCUCCCGUGAACGUGCCCGAUACAACUUCCUCAGGAUACACCAUGCGAGCCGAGCUCACGCAAGUCAAAACCGUCGAAGCGUUGAAAUACGCUGCCCAGGUGGACGGUAAAUUCUUCAAAUACAACCUCAAGACGGGGAGCGUCACCCUGAUCAAGGUCACCAUAGAGAAAGUAGAGAAGAACCCGCGUCCCACACCGAGCCUUCUUAGAAACAGCUUCAUCGACUUGACCAGCACAGAGGCUGAGAGCCCUCGCCCCGUCCAAGUGAUACGGCGGGGGCGCGGCCGGCCGGCGCGGCUUUCCAAAGUUCUGGCCAAGCCUCCUAUCAUCAUGUCUGGCCACCGCCGCAGGGGCCGCCCGCCGCGGCUCCCGCACAUACUGAACGAGGACUACGACAGUGACAGCUACCGGCCACCCCCGCCUGUCCUGAAGAAGAUUGUCAAUGAGAAGGUGAGCGGCGAACUCAACCGUGAAGUGAGGGAGCUACGGAAACAGAGACUCGGUCGAAAAGCCAGGAUCGAAGCCAAGAUCUACUUGGACGAUUCAGACGGACCCGCCAUGGAGGAAGAAUACUUGGUGGACAGCCAAUCAGACGAUGACAGUAGCAAGAAGGGCUUCGUCGAUUCUAACUUGGAAUUAAUAAGAGAUAUAGAGAAACGCAGGGCUGAGCUUCACUCCGGCAUAAUAACUGCAGACUCGUCCGACGAUGAUGAACCUUUGGCUAAGAAGGUUAAAAAGAAAUCUGAAGUCAUUCCACCCGUCCCUGGUAUUUCUAGUGCUAGUGGUGAUGAAGAUGUUAUACCUCUAAUAAAUGAAAAUUCUAGUGAAACACUUGAAUCUAAUGUAGUUCCUAUCGGAUUACCUCAUCCUGCAGUGCCUGUAAUGGAAGUUUUAGAUGAGGAUCUAUUAGACUGCGACGAUGCAUCACAAGACACGCCAGAUACACAAGAAUCAGAAGAAGAAGAAUGUAUUUUAGGAGCAUAAUUAUUUUUUAAAUUUAAGUUUAGAUUUAGAUUUUUUAAUUAAGAGAUAGAGUAUACGCUUUUAACUCAAUGUACGGUAAGACUGUCUGUGAUAUACAUUUUAAGGGUACCCAUGUUUAGUUUUUUUCUCAGAGUAUAGGUAGGUACUGCCUAUUAGUUUUAAAUGUGUGGUUUUGAUUACCAAUGGUAAAUAAAUGUUCUUAAUUGAAACAGUA